ACCGGCCCCAGGCCCGGCCCGGCCUGGCGGCGCGGGGCGAUGGCGUCACGGGGAGAGGCGACGAACGGAUGACAUCAUCAGACGGGGGAGCGGUGCCUGUAGAGUCCCGGAGCCUCAGCCUGGACGAUGACGUCAGUGGAAGCUGUCGCGCAGUGGUGACGUCAGCAGCGGGAUGGGGCCGGUGCAUGAUGGCAGAACGGAGACUGCUGGUGCUCUUCGGCAGCCAGACUGGGACAGCCCAGGACACGGCGGAGAGGGUUGGGAGGGAAGCCAAGCGCCGGCACUUGCGGUGCCGAGUGGAGGCCCUGGACAGCUGUGAUGUGGCCAACCUCAUCCAUGAGCCUUUGGUGGUGUUUGUGUGUGCAACCACCGGCCAGGGAGACCCCCCUGACAACAUGAAGAUGUUCUGGCGGUUCCUGUUCCGGAAGAGCCUCCCUGCCGGCUCCCUGUGCCAGCUGGACUACGCCGUGUUGGGCCUCGGGGACUCCUCCUACCCCAAGUUUAAUUUCGUUGCAAAGAAGCUGCACAAACGGCUGCUCCAGCUUGGGGGCAACCCGCUGCUGCCAGUGGCCUUGGGAGAUGACCAGCAUGACCUGGGGCCAGAUGCAGUGGUUGAUCCCUGGCUCGUGGCCUUAUGGGACAAGGUCCUUGCCUUGUAUCCUCUCCCUCCUGGCCUUGAGAUCAUCAGUCCCGACGUGCGCCUGCCCCCCAGAUACACCCUGCACUACGUGCCCGAGGAGUCCCCGUGGCCCGGCAGCGAGCGGCUGCAGCCGGCAGCGCCCCGGGCUGCCCCGUGUGAGCUCCAUCCCUUCGCUGCCCGCGUGCUGGCCAACCGCAGGGUCACGGCACAGUCCCAUUUCCAGGACGUCCGGCUCAUCGAGUUCGACAUCGCGGGCUCAGGGAUCACGUUCAGUGCAGGUGACGUGGUGAUGAUCCAGCCCCAGAACUGCCCCGAAGAUGUGCAGCAGUUCUGCCAGCUCCUGCGCCUGGAGCCCCACAGACGCUUUGUGCUGGAGCCCACGGAGCCCGGCACGUCCCUCCCUCCCCUCCUGCCACAGCCCUGCACCAUCCAGUACCUGGUCACACACUACCUGGACAUCUCCUGUGUGCCACGGCGCUCCUUCUUCGAGCUCCUGGCCUACUUCUCCCCCAAUGAGCUGGAGAGGGAGAAGCUGCAGGAGUUCAGCUCGGCACAGGGCCAGGAGGAGCUGUACAGCUACUGCAACCGGCCCCGCAGGACCACGCUGGAGGCCUUGUGGGAUUUCCCUCACACCACGUGUGCCAUCCCAGCUGAUUACCUGCUGGACCUCAUCCCUCGCAUCAGACCCCGCGCCUUCUCCAUCGCCUCCUCCCUGCUGGCCCAUCCCGAGCGGAUGCAGAUCCUGGUGGCCGUGGUGCGGUACAAGACACGGCUCAGCAAACCCCGCCGUGGGCUCUGCUCCACCUGGCUGGCUUCUCUCAGCCCAGACAAGGGUGAUGUCCACGUGCCCCUUUGGGUGAAGAAAGGAGGAAUGAAGUUCCCAGAUGACCCUGCCAUCCCUGUGAUCAUGAUUGGCCCUGGCACAGGGGUGGCACCUUUCCGAGCUGCGAUACAGGAGCGGGUGGCCCUGGGACGCACAGGGAACUGCCUCUUCUUCGGCUGCCGACACAAAUCCAAGGACUUCUACUGCCAGACAGAGUGGGAAGAGCUGGUGACAAAGGGCUUCCUGACACUCUUCACAGCCUUCUCCAGGGACCAGGGAAGUGUGUGGCUAAGUUCAGCUGGGAAGGUUGCUGGGACAAGGCUGGAGAGCAGCAGAGCAGAUAAGGCUUUAACCAGCUUUGUUUGGCUGGACCACGCCAGAGCAGUUUUUCACCUGAGUCCUCUGCCCCCAAGGCUGACUGGGAGCACGGCCAGGUGGGACGAGCCACAUUGGGCUGUUGUGCCUUUGGCUUCAGGAGAUACCAGAGCCUUUAACUCAUCCUUGUUGUCAGACCCAGGAGGAGAAGGUUUAUGUCCAGCACCGCAUCCGGGAGAAUGGGAGGCUGCUGUGGGAGCUGCUGAGCAGUGGGAAUGCUCAUGUCUACCUGGCUGGGAACGCCAAGGAGAUGCCAGCGGCGGUGGCUGAGGCCCUGCAGUCGGUGCUGCAGCUGGAGGGUGGCCUGUCCCCCUCGGAAGCACAGGAGCAUUUAACAGCCCUGGAACGGUCCCAGCGCUUCCAGUCU